GUGGAUGCGUACACAGAAUUUACAAACAUCUGGUGUUUGUUGUUGUGCACAGUGAAUUUGUUGCGAGUAUUGUUAUCAUUGAUAGACAAUUUUCAAAGACAAUGGGACGUCGGAAGUGCAUUCUUUGUGGAGUUAGCAGUGAAAAAAGUGAGGCAACAUUCCACAGGUUUCCUAGUGAUAAGAAAAAACAAGAAGAAUGGUUCACUAUCCUCAAUAUUGACAUAAAUGAUUUACCACUUCAUGUCUUUAUUUGCGCAAAUCAUUUUCACAAAAGUGAUUUAAUAGAAGGCAAAAGAACUCAACUAAAGCAUUCAGCAGUUCCAUCAGUAGAGUCUUCGAGGCAAACAGAGUAAGUCCUUAAUUAUAUUUAGCUAUUGGAUGAAAUGGAAUAUUUUGUUGCUAUACUUUUACUUAUCUAUUCCAGUGAUGAGGAUAAUGAAGUCAAUCUUGCCCACGAAAUUGCCCUAAGCCAUUCAAAUAGUGAACAUCUGGAAAGCAGGGAUCUACCUAGGUGUGAAAUUUGUUUUUUUUUAGAUGUUUUACAUCCAUAUCUGGAUCAGCAUAUAUCAAUACAAGAAAUUUUUGACGCGCUAAAUGGCUAAAAUGGCUAUCAGAGUCUACAGAGUACGCUAAAUCCCCAAGUAUACCGUUAUGUAUAAAACGAU